UGUGACCUGUAUACCGGAAGUGUUCUCUCUUUACCAGAAGUGAAAACAGUUUCAAAACAUUUGCUUUAAAAAAUAAAUGAUAUAAAUGUAUUUUAAUAAUGUCAAUGCUUCCUCCAGCUGCAGAGUUCCGGUUUCCUUGGGAGGUGAACUCUGUAAAAGAAGGUGACUCAGUGAGGACAUUUGGCAGACUAGUCUGCUAUCAGCCAGAGGAGUCCAGGGCCACGCUGUCAGCUCAACAUGCUUCGAAAGAGCACCGAGUCUUUGUCCAGACUGGGUUCGUUGAGCCGUUUAACCCAAUAAUGGGAGCCCAAUACUUGGUUCUGGGUGAAGCAGAUAAUAAUGAAGAGCUCGGUGUGGUGAUCCGUGCCCGCGUACUCAACUGUGUUGAUGGCGUAAACAUGGCGCUUCUGCAGAAAGCCAUCAGUGAUCAAAGGAGCUUCUUCAGAGAGAGGGAGAGCCAACCUGCACAACCUACAGAUGCAACCUGACUUAGGUCAUCAUCCAUUUGUUUACUCGURGUGUUUCUUAUCUGUCAUGGCCAUCGCAUUAUUGCUUUGACCUGCUGUCGUGUGACUUUUCUUGCAAAACCUCUCCACUUCUCUGCCCUUGGGUGGGGAUUGUUUUGAAACUAAAAGUUUACAUUCUCRCUCACGUCUAGAGGCGAUUCAGAGGUACCAGUUAACCUAACAUUUAUGUUUUUGAUUUGUGAGAUAAAAGCAGUCUCUCCUGAGAAAAGCCACACACAGGUGGAGGAAAUAUCCAACUCCAAACAGAAAGACCAGGGAGCAAACCUGCAUCCCCUAGCCGUCCUCCUUCCACUUUCUUCCUGAAGGGUAUGGGUUUCGAACUGGGAGUCUGAUAACUGCGACCUGGCUAGCUUGAUGAGAGGUUUCUGAGGGCUAGCAGAGGGUCAGUGGGAGGUUGGGAGUUACAUUUCUCAACAGCACUAACCUCUGCUUCGUCAGGACACCCUUUAACAAGCUUUAAAAACUGAGUUUGUUUGAUCAGUCAAAAUGUUUGUGUUUCUGUUUGUCCAGGGUAAUCAAGCACGUUAAAAAGUGAGCUCAGUUGUGAUGCAGUGGUCCUCUCUAGAGCAUGCUCCUCUGUUUUUAUAUAACUAAAUUGACCAAAUAUUUGUGUCAUCAUUCGGUCCUUUUAUUCUUUUUGUCAAAGGUCUGCCGAAAAAGUGUGUUUAAUUUGUUAUUUUUAAAAAAGUUUUUGUCAUGCUUUAAUCUGUUUCAUGGACUAAAAGUGGCGAAAUAAACUACAGAUUACAUCAUGAAGAUAAUGUUCAUCCCAUCUUCAUAUCUGUUCAUUCGUUUAUGAAUGGUGUCUUACAGGAUGGAUACAAAGAUGCUUGUAGAGUUAUAAAAUGGAAACAAAUUUUCUUUAA